CGUGUGUGUACCACUCGGAUCUCACAGGCUGCUGCCCCCUCUGCCAGCCUGCUCCCCGCGACCUGUGCCAUGCAGCUGUACCACUUUACCUGGAGGGCGCUCCUACUGGCGCAGGUGGCGCAGGUGGCGCUCCAAGAAGAACUUGUCCCGGAGUUCCUCUGCUCAGACAACAAGUGCUAUUCUGUUCUCUGGGACAAGAAGCGCUUUGCUAAGUCAAGAGGAGCCUGCACUGAGAAGAAGGGGCACGGGGACCUGAUGACCGUGCAGAGCUCCUGGCAGGCUGAGGCCAUCCAUGAGCUUAUGGCCCAGGGGCAGAAGAAUGACACCAGGGUGUGGAUAGGGCUGGAGCUAAAAGAUGGGUGCACUGACCUGCAGCUGCCCCUGAGGGGCUAUACCUGGGUGACAGGUGACAGCCACACAGAUUACACCAACUGGCAGAAGGAGGAGCAGAAGUGUGGUGCCCACUGCGUCACUGUGCGCAAAGAUGGCACCUGGGAAGAGAUUCCUUGCAACUCCAAGGCUGAUGGCUACUUGUGUGAGAUAAGUUAUUCUUCACCCUGUCCUUCUCUUCAGUUACCGUUCUCCUACAGUGCCACUUAUUACCAUCUUGACCUUGGAUUUGCCUCCACUGGGGGUACUGUGUUCCCACCUGGUACCAAAGCAAAUAUCUACACAUCCCCAGACAAUAUCCAACUAUUUUGUGAAGAGAAAGCUGAUGGGACCAUGGCUUGGAGCAGUGAUAGCCCAGGUGCCUGGAGCUGUCUGAUAUUGAAUGGGGGCUGUGAACAUGAGUGUGUAGAAGAAUCUGACACUGCACAGUGCAAGUGUCCUUCAGGAUCAGAGCUAAAAGCUGACCACAGGAGCUGCACCAAUCCUUGUGACCCCAGUCCCUGCAGCCAACAAUGUGUCCUGGUUUCUGACCCACCAGGGGUUCUCUGUAUGUGUUCUGAAGGCUUUACGCUAAGGGGUGAUGGAAGAACCUGUGAAGAUAUUGAUGACUGUGCUGCCAACCCCAAUAUCUGUGAGCACCACUGCACUAAUACAAUUGGAGGCUUUGACUGCGGCUGCAAACCUGGUUUUAAGAAACAAGUAUGUGAUGCUCAGGAUGGCUGUGCGACAGAUUGUCAGGACGUUGAUGAGUGCGACACUAGUAUGUGUGAACAUAACUGUGAGAAUUUUCCAGGGGGAUACAGAUGUGUUUGUCGUAAAGGAUUUGUCAUUGAUGAAAAUAAUAGGAACAAAUGCAAACCAUUCUGCAACACAUCAAAGUGCCUGGCUGACUGUACGAGCAGAUCAUGCAGGUGUCCUGAAGGCUACAUACUAGAAACCGAAGAUGGUGCAGAUGUAUGUACUGAUGUGGACGAGUGUGAUACAUCUCCUUGUGAUAGUUUAUUAUGUAUCAAUACAUUUGGUUCAUUCAAAUGUACCUGCCCCCAGGGACAUGCUAUAUACAAUGGUGUAUGUAUUCGCCCGACAGAAGCACCUUCAGACAUAUCACCACCUACCAGCAGACCAGAAGAUGUCUACAGUCUUCAGCCCACUAUAAUGUGGGGUAUCUGCUCUGGAAUAUUAUCUAUGUUAAUUGUCUUGCUGGUAAUGUUGUGUCACAGGAGGAGAAGACACUACAUAUACCAGCAUGAUCUGGAUUAUAACUAUAAAAACAAUGACAAGAAUGUAGUACUCAAGAAAAUAAUGAUGGAACCCCAAUGGCGGCUUUAGUGGUAAAAAUCCAACAUAUAUCCAAGGUGGUUAUAUCCCAGGCCGUCAGCUUUAUUGAUGAAUUUCUUACAACCAUAUAGGAUGAGAAACUUCAUCCACCCUGACACAUGUAACCAGCAUUCCCUCCCUAAAAACAAAACCUUGUAACCUUGUGAAUUAGGAUAAUGACUUGUACGACACAUCCCUGGUGGACAAAUAAACAUUUGGAUCCUGU